UAUGGGUGGUGUGCUGGUUUGAUCUCCUUAUCAUGACUCUGUAGAUUGUCUUAUCCAUUUUGUCCAUCCCAUUGAUCUCUUCUUAUCUGAUAACCCAUUUUCUUUCUUUCUUUCUUUCUCUACUCUUUUUUUUUUUUUUAUCAAUUUUGAUGAAAUUUAUUUCCACCCGAUAAUUUUUGAAAAUGGUAUCUUCUAAUAAAAUAAUUUUAUACUGAAAAAGAAUCAUCAACUUUGUUCUCCAUCUUCAUCACUUUUGGGGACCCUAAUUCAGUCAUUGGCCAUUGUUCUCCCAAUCACCAAAAUAUCUAUUUUAUCAAGGACUGGUCAAUUUGGUGCCAACCCUUUUCUCCAAUGGCAGCUUCUACACACAUAUACAUAACAAUUUCUUCAAUUUAUUUAUUCUUUUUUAUUUAAUUUUAGUCCUCAAAACCCUAUCCAAAUGGCAUCUUUUUAGGUAAACAUAAUAAUAGGGCUUAACCAUGAAGCAAAUAAACCCACCUCUCUCCCUUCUUAUCAUUUCAUCUCUCCCAUAAUUUCAGCGUAUUCUGUUUGGGUUCCCAUUGACAGUUGAUGGAACAUUGUUUCUCUCUCCACAAGGCCCCUUCUCUCUCUUCUUUUUUACCAUCGCUGGUAAAGAUUUAUCAGGGGCCCCGCGUUUUUACCCCUUCGAAUUCACCUUCCGACUUUGCUUUGUCCCGCCGCCGAUCACUCAGGACUGGCUUUACUUCCACUCCUUUCAAUGGCCGGAAAGCACCCUCUGUCAAAGCCAGCGCCGGGGCUAGCCACUGUGAUUUCAGCAGCUUGAACGCGCCGCUUGAGCCGAGGUCAGCUCCUGGGAAGUUCUUAAGCGGUGUCCUUCAGAACCAACGUCAGUUCUUCCACUUCGCUGCCGCCGAUGAACUUAAGCGGCUCUCCAAUGAUCGUGACGCUGCCGUCUCUCGUAUGUUUGUUAGCUUGGAUUCUGACGAAGCAUGUCUUCACAGAAGGAUUGCUCAACUGAAAGAGCAGGAGUGCCAAGCUGCUGUGGAAGAUGUGAUGUAUAUGUUAAUCUUCUACAAGUUCUCUGAUCUCAGAGUACCAUUGGUUCCUAAGCUCUCCAGGUGCAUGUACAAUUGCAGACUUGAGAUAUGGCCUUCGAAAGAUUGGGAACUAGAGUCCAUCCAUAGCAUUGAGGUGUUGGAGGUGGUCAGGGAUCAUAUCAGUGCUGUCAUCGGCUUGAGAGCAGACUCCAGUGUCACCGACAACUGGGCUACUACUGAGAUCCAACAGCUCCAUCUAGGCCGACUUUAUGCAGCCUCCAUCUUGUAUGGCUAUUUUCUCAAGUCUGCCUCCUCUAGACACCAACUGGAACGAUGCCUAACUUUGGUUCAUCAAAAACGUCUUAAUCAUAGGAACUCCCUUCAGUUUCUGGAUCUUUUACCUUGUGGAAUUAAGAGCCUGGUACUCGGCCGUUUUAGUAACGUGCAAUCUGUCCCAUUAGGUCAAGGACCAGGUAGACAGGAAAAGGAUCUUGAAGAAUUAAGAUGCUAUGUGAUGGGAUUUGACCCGGAGACAUUGCAGAGAUGUGCCAAACCAAGAUCCAAAGAGGCAGCACAUUUGAUCGAGAGGCACAGCUGUGCACUCUUUGGAGAUGAGCAGACAGGGAUUCCGGAGACCGAUGAGGUGAUCAGGACAUCUUUUUCAAGUCUGAAGAGGUUAGUUUUGGAAGCUGUCGCCUUUGGUUCUUUCCUUUGGGACAUUGAAGAAUAUGUUGACACGGUCUAUAAGCUGAAGGACAACUGAUUUGGGGAAGAAGUCACAGCAGUUGAGUAUAAUGCUUUUGUAUAGAGGAGUUGAUGUUUUUGGCAUUUUCUACUUCAUUGCUCUGGUUUGAUAGCACUGGGCAAUACGCAUUGUAUAGUUAUAAGUUGAUACGAUGAAAUAAUGUACAGUAGAAGACUUUGUUCAUCAAUGGGAUCAAUUCCCUUGACUGGUAUAUUGUUGAUAGUCCUAGUACAGUAUAUGGCCAAGUGUUAAAUUCAUGGUUUGAAAUGCGAGGGCCUUAUUUAUGUGGUCAAAUUGUACAAAUAGUUCUUGUACUUUUUGUUUUGUGCGGUAUAGCCCCUUCACGAUUUUUUUUAAUUAUAAA